CUUCCAGCCCUGAGGGUAACACGGCUCAGUGCUCACUGGCACAGGGACGAGGCCACCACCACCACCACCUCCUGCCACAGAGACAUGGAGCAAGAGACGUUGGAGCCCUUUUUCAAAGUGGUGAAAGCCCUCCUGGUGCUGGACAGCGAUGGCUGCCGUCUCUAUGGCAAGUACUUUGAUGACACCUUCUGCGGCCCAGAAAAACAGAGCGCGUUCGAAACUAAACUUUUUUCCAAAACCAAACACACAGACAACGAGGUGAUGAUGCUGGAGGGCUGCACAGUGCUGUAUCGUCCCAGCAUGGACGUGUGUGUCUAUGUGGUGGGAGACUCGUGCGGGAACGAGCUCAUGCUGCUGUCGGUGCUGGAAUGCUUGCUCAAGUUGCUCAAUCUCAUGCUGGGGAGCGUGGAGAGGAGCGCUGUGCUGGAAAACAUCGACGCCCUCCUCCUCGCUGUGGAUGAGAUCGUGGAUAGAGGGGUGGUGCUGGAGGUGGACGCUGAGGUUGUCCUGAGUCGGCUGCAGCCCAAGGUUAACUACAUACCUGUGACGGAACAGACGAUGUCCCAGCUCAUGCAGACUGCCAAGCAGCACAUCAAGUGGCCCCUCCUGCAGUGAGCGUGGUGUCAGAGUGAUGUGCGGCAAAUGGGAGAGCGCGCUGGGCAUUACGUUACUGAGCCUGUGGUGGCAAGGGGUUAUCUCCCUCGCCUGGUAUGCAGAGGGAUCGUGGGUUCGAUCCCGACCCUGACACCUGCUGUAUUUUAGGAAGUUGCAUGUUUUCUCUCCCCGUGUCCACGUGGAUUUUUUUCUCCAGGUCCUCAGGUUUUUCCGCCCUCCACAUUUAAAAUCAAAAUGCCUUACGAGUAUUUGGCUGCUAGACAUUUCCAGAUGAUAAGUCACUUCGUUGAGCUUUCAUUUGUGGCCAAGUCGCUUAUUAAAACGAUCUAUAUAGCUCAGCGGAUCUUACGUGGUAAAAUUAAAAUUAAUGAAAUAGUAGGAGUAAUAAUUAUUAUUUGAACACGUAACGCGCAUAGUAUUCCCUUGUUCCCAAAGAGAGAAAGAGAAAGGCUUGGAAGGCGUGAGGAACCAAGGGCAGCCAAGUGACGAGCCAGUUCCAAACUUCUUCUCCAAGUUCUGGAGCCCUCGAUGUAAUUUAAAUUAUGAUUUACAAUACAUCAUAAUUGUAAUAACUAUUUAAUUUAAAUUAGAAUAAUUUUAAUUAUUAUAGGUUGUGGUGCACAAGGAAAAUAUAACCAGAACAAAAACUCAACACAGUCGUCAAUAAAACUGCCUUAAAAGAAAAUAUUAUAAUAGACGACGUUUCGGGCAAUGGCCCCUUGGUGCAAUGAAGCUCAAACCAUCGCCUAUUUAUUUUAUUUGAAGGCCACAGUGUUAUUGACGGAAUGUGUUCAGUUGUAUUCCCCUCCAUAUAUCCAGGGGUUAUUGGCCAGUUACCGUGUUGGGUCUUCACUGUAGCGAGAAACGUCUUGACACAUCAAUGUUGACCCCCAUAUGUUUGUGAGCCAGUGGCCUGAAAUGAAGCUUCGUGUGCUUUUUGUUGCACUCGGCGCGGUGGUGGUGGUUGUGGUGUGUGUGUGGUGUUCACGUGACGUGCACGAGGCACGCGGUCGCCACAAUUGCGCCUUUCACCGCCGGCUCGAAUUCACAUGUCGCGUGUCAUUACCAUUGUCAUUAAAUAUCGCACGCACAGGAGUGACGACGUCUUGGCUCAGAGAGCAGGAGGAGGAGUGGGCCAGGGGAGGGGGGGGAAUGGCUUUGUCACGACGGUCCUGGGGCGCCUCCUACAGAUCGAUGCGUAACAUUGCACGUCCCCCCGUUGUGAAGUGGGACCUCAAUGUGACCCAAAAUUAUUAUCAAUUUUCAUAUACCGUACGUAACACACCCGAUUGUUCAGGUGUGGUCUACAGAAUUCGGACUAAAGAAAGAAACACGUGUACUAUGUGACAAACCAUAAAUCGUUCCAAGAAAAGGUUAACGAAAUAAAAUCUGCGGUGAAGCUUUGAAUAUUAACCUUCAGCAACAAAUUGGGCACUUUUUAACGAACCGAUAUAAAUUUUGAUUUAAAUCUUUCGUGACUGCAGGGAUUCAUAUUCUUGGUUCUUUCGGUAAAGUCACGUAGAAGGGAAAGAAUAUUUUUUAUAUUUUUAUUUUAUUAUUUCCCUUCUACGUGACUUUACCGAAAGAACCAAGAAUAUGAACCCAUAUAACUUUCGUUUAUUUGCUCACGUAUAAUAUAAAGGGAAUGCACAGCCCUUGUCAAUCCACUACUUGGAUGAAGGCCUCGCCGUGCCGUGCCACUGUUUGACCGCGCACACUUCACGGUGGUCACUGCGGACUGGUGAACGGGAGCCCGGGGCAGGCUCCGGAGACACUCGCCACUGGCGUUAGCCGCGUCGAGGAAUCGAACUCGGGACGUCGGGUUCACAGUGCAGUGCCGCAUCUACGACGCCACCGCUACAUAUACGGUACAGUAUUAGAAUACAUUUAUUGAAAAUCUCUUAACUUGAAUUGCAAGACUUUUUUUGUUGCAAUGAUAAAACACUUUUUUUGCUUUUA